AUGAAGAGAGAGGAUAUUACCUACAUGGGUGCCGGCCCUGCCGCCCUGCCCACCGACGUCUUGGCCGAAGCUGCCGAAGCUCUGCAGAACUAUGAGCAGACCGGCCUGGGUGUCGCCGAACACAGCCACCGCAGCGAGAUUGCAGCCAACAUCUUGAACACUAUGAAGGCCAACCUUACGAGCUUCCUCGAUGUCCCCGCGAACUACGAGAUCUUGAUGAUGCAGGGUGGAGGAUCGGGUCAAUUCGAUGCGACGGUGUACAACAUCGUUUCUGCUUGGGUUGAAAAACAGCGCCAGAAGAUUGUGAAGGAGCUCGGCGAAGCCAGCGAGGAGGAUGUGAUUAAGGCGCUCCGCGAGAAGGUUGAGGCGGAGCUGCGAUUGGACUACUUGGUUACGGGAUCAUGGUCGUCCAAGGCUAGCCAGGAGGCAAUCCGCCUGCUUGGACCCGAAUACGUCAACAUUGCUAGUGACGCCCGGAAGGUCAACGAUGGAAAGUUCGGCAAGAUUGCCGAUGAAUCGACAUGGAACCUGAGCCCUAAGCCUACCAUGAUCUACAUGUGCGACAACGAAACAGUGGACGGUGUCGAAUACCCCCACUUCCCCAAGGUUCUUGAGCCAACCGGUUCGGAGGAGGAUCCAUUCGUGGUGGGAGAUUUCUCUUCAAACAUCCUCUCUAGGCGUAUCCCCAUUAAGAAUUAUUCCAUUGUGUUCUUCGGAGCUCAAAAAAACCUGGGCUGUGCCGGAGUGACUGGCGUCAUCAUCCGCAAGGACCUGCUCGUCUCGUGCCCCCCAACGAUCCUUCGCAAGCUUGGACUGCCAAUUGCCCCCACGAUCCUUGACUACUGCGUAACCGCAAAGAACAACAGUCUCUACAACACUCUUCCGAUCUUCGAUGUUUACUUGGCCGGCCAAGUUCUCAAGAAGCUGCUGGCUACCUUCCCCGACAAGGUGGACGGACAGCAGGCCGAGGCCCAGCAGAAGGCCGAUAUGAUUUAUGAGGCGGCGGAUGCGUAUCCCGAAGUCUACAAGGUUGUGCCAGACAAGAGUGUGCGCUCCCGAAUGAACGUUUGCUUCCGUGUGAUCAAGGGGGGCAAUGUCGAUGAGGCCGAGAAGGCCUUUUUGAAGGGAGCCGUGGAGCGCGGCAUCACUGGGCUCAAGGGCCACCGCAGUGUCGGAGGUAUCCGGGCGUCCAACUACAACGCCAUUCCCGUUUCGGGAGCCGAGAAGCUUGUUGCGUAUCUGAAGGAAUAUGCACAGGCGUAG